UCCUACUACACUCAAGAACAACAUAAACCAUAGUCUUCACUUUCUAAGCCUACCCAGUUACCCAUGGCUCCCUCAGCUAAAUCCCUCUCUUUCCUCUUCCUUCUCUUCCUUCUCUCCUCUAUCCAAAUUCAUGCCAGGGAGAGCCAAUUCUUUAGCAAGGUCACCCGUGUCAACAGCAGCAGCACCACUACCAACAACAACAAUAGUAAUGCUGCCACCGAAGAGAAAGAGACUCAUGAACUCACCCCAGAGAGUACUGAAGAACCUUCACAUGCCCAAGAGGAGGAGCCAAGCUUCACACCACAGAACCAAAAUGGCUAUGGCCUCUACGGUCAUGGAUCAGAGCAGUUCUCAUCCAACUCUGUCAACGAUGCUUACUACACUCCCUCCAAUUUCCCUCAGAAGACCCACACCCAACAGUACCAGCAGAAGAGUUUCAGUACUGGCUACCCCACCAACUACAUUGGCUAUGACACCAAGCAACAAGCAAAAACUGAUACCAGCUACGUUGACACAGCUUACCUCAACAACUACAAUGGCUAUGCCACUAAGCAACAACGCAAGAGUGACACCAGCUACGUUGACAUGGCUUACCUCAACAACUACAAUGGGAAUGAGAUGAAGCAACAAGGCAUGAGCGACACAAGGUUCUUGGAGAAUGGAAAGUACUACUAUGGUAACAACAACAACCAGAAUCUGUAUCAAGACCAAUAUGAAACUCACAAGCAAAAUCAAAAUGGGUAUGGCUUAUACAGAGGAGGAGUUGAGUCCAGUAAAGCAGGUAGGGGAGCUCCUGUGGAGUUCAGCAAUUCCGUGGAUAGGUUCCAGAACCAGUAUGAUCAGGAGUUCCAAGAGAGCCAGCAGGAGGAGUUUGUCCCAUAAACUACACGGGGGCCACACAGCUGUUGUUGGCAACAAAGACCACUACAUCCAAUGGUUUUCCCUUCUCUACAUCUCAAAUGGGCUUUUUUUCUUUUCUUUUUUUUUUCCUACCUUAAAAGGGCAUCCAGAUUAGAAGCCCCCACCACAGAUACAGGCAGAGUCAGGAAAUGAACAGAGGAGCCCUUCAAUUCCUUUUCUGGUUCAAAUAUCUUGAUUGCUUCUCUCUCUUUUGUUUUGAAAUGCCUUUGCUGGUCAAAAAUCCUAAAUUCUCGUUUGAUCUUUUCUCUCUUUUCUUUCUUUACUGAAAACCGAGUUGGGUCGGUUGGGUCGAUUCUAUCAUGCACAGGAAUGUAACUUUUAUCUAUGGUACAGGCAAGUAAAGAGUUUGCAUUAAGAUUCAGAGAAGA